AUGUGUAAAGUCAGAAAGUUCCUUGAACAAUAUGAUAUUUGUCUUGGAUCUUCUACAAGAUUCCUUUGUGAACGAAUCAAACAGGAGCAUGGUUUUGACAUCCUCAAUGAUCCAAUCCCUACUUGGUAUAAACCAGACCCAUGGAUUCCUCAAUAUCUCAAGAGAAUAAUUUUCAUGAACAAAUCUUCCAAUAUUAGAUUGUGGCAUUCGAGUGACCAAUGGCAUGAAAAACUCUCAUCCCUUAUGGAAAAUUCUAAAGGUUUAAGACAAUUCCUGCUCUAUAAAGAUUGGAACAGAUUAAACGAAAGCAAAUACUACAAAUAUGUUGGUAACAACACAUCCAUGUCAAACCUCUUGAACAAAGCUACACUAAUUGGUACUGACGGAUCGUGUAACAAUAAUAUUGCUGGAUACGGUAUUGUAACUGAUCAGAAUGUUUCCAUCUCAAGUCACACCUUAGGACAAGGAACUUCCACAGUUGUUAGAUUGCUAGAUAACAACACUCCUAGAACAAUAGUUAUAGAUGCGAAAAGUAUUUAUGACCAACUUUUCCAAUUCAGAAAAUCUAGAGAUCCUUAUGUUGAAGAAAUUCGUAAUUAUUUAAAAGUGAAGGAUCAGAUCAAAAUUAUGCAUGUUAAUAGUCAUACAGGUAAACAAGAUAUCUAUAGCCGCAUAAAUGAAUUAGCAGAUAGGGCUGCUAAGAAAGGUGCUGAUUGUAACAAUAUUCUUACUAAUAUUCCAUCCAAUAAUUGGUAUAUUAUUAUCAACAAUGUAUUAUACACUCAAAACACUAGACAAACAAUGUACAAACUUCUAUUUCAACGCUUCCACAAAAGAACAUAUACGCCAAAGAACCUUCCUCCCAAGAACAGAAAGUUCACCAACAUUUACCCCUCAAUAGGAAUCGGUUUCAGAACCUUAAAUCUAAUAUUUAAAAUUAGAGUGAACGUGAUGAAGACUUUGGAAAAUUUAAACAAGAUAUCCAAGACGAACUUGCUAUGUCCUUGCUGUAGUAGAGAGACAAUGCAACACAUUAUUUUCGAAUGUAAAUACUAUAGUGAUAUAAGAAAAGAAAUGUUUAGAAAUUUAUAUAAUAUCUCAAUAUAUGCAAAGAAUAACAAGAAGUUCUCCAAACGACUAUUGUACCUCAUCAAGACUAAACAAGAUAUCCAUAGCCUAACAGGUGCUAAAGUUGGAUUGGGUAAGAAAUGGGACAAAGUAUUUACUAAGGAAGCUUAUCGAUCUAUUACUAAAAUGUGGAUGAAACGAAAUCAUUUUUUCAUGGAAGAAUUGAAACUCACCUGGAAUGAAUUUGAACAACAAUACGAUUUUAAUCCCAAUUUCAUUGAUUUGAACAAGUUUAAACUAUACAUGAAAUACCCACGACCAUGA